AUGUCAGCUGCUAACACAUUUGAUGUUUCUACAAGUGAUAGUUAUACUAUCCAGUCUUCUAACACAUCAUCAGAAGGCACCACACCAGCGGGUGGACUAUUAGGUUCGCCUGUCAGAUUUUCUCCGUCGUCGAAAGUUAAGGUCAACCACGGACACUUUAUGGCAAAUAUCAAUAGUACUAAUCCAAACAACAAGUCAAGCAGCAAAGCUGCGACGGCUGUUUCUUCUAACAGCACUUGGCCUCACGUGUUGCACGGAUUAAAUGGGAGUCCAAGCAAGGAUAUGAACUACAAUAGUGUUUCUGGAUCCGGCAAGGUGAUUGAAACGUUACACCAGCAAGUAGACGCGUUGACGAGUACUAACCUUCAGCUGACAAAGCAAUCUAACCAGUUGUUAGAGAAGUUAGAAAGCUACAAUAUGAAAGAAGCUAAAUAUUUGGAAACUAUUUCUAGUUUAAAGCAUGAGAAUGAAAACUUGAAUUCUAUGUUGAACAGAAAAACAAGGAGGGUGAGAGAUCUUGACACAGAACUAGGGCAACUAAAGGUUUCCUAUGAAGACGCUACAACUAGUCAUAAACACUUGAAGGAUCAACUAGAAAACAAAUUUGCCAACGAAGUAGAGUUGAAGCAGCAAUGCCAAUUACUACAGGUUCAAUAUGACGCCGUAGUAGAUGCUCAGAAAAGAUACAGAGAGCAUUACGAGAAAGAGAUUAGUGAGUUAAAAGAUAUCCUAAAUACAUUGAAGAGGGACAACGAACAAUUCUUGAAUGAUUAUAUGACUUCUCUGGCUCGUAAUCAACUCGACGUGGACAAUAAAUUAGGUGAAUAUAGCGGUAAGUUCCACAGGAUGGAAUUAUCACAGAAGGAGGCUGUUAUUGAAUUGAACGGUAAAUAUGAUAGAUUGAAGUCGGAAUUAGACAUUGAGGCAUGGGUUACAUUAUACAAACAAUUGAGAGAAACAGCACUAGAAUAUGCUAAAGAAUUGGACUUGAAUUUACCAGCCGAAUUUGUUGAGAUUCAUGGAGAAGACGGGUAUUUUGUUAAAAUGUUUUCAGAAGAUCAAAGCCCCUCAUCAACAAAACAGAGCGCUAUCGCAGCUGAUUCAGCUAACAUCCAAUCUCCGUCUUUAGGUUUACAGUCAAUUUCUCCACCUCCACUGCGUAUUCCCAAGAGUAGGACUCCGACAACCAAAAGAAGUAGCUUCUAUGGCAGCGCAAUUCCAGGUUCCAACAACUCAGCAUCUUCCUCUGCAGUAUUGUUGCCUGGUGUGAAACGUACUGGCUCUAUCAGAAGUGUUCAUGCAAGAGCUCCAUCAGAUGUACUAUCUGAUAGUCCUACUAUCACUUCAUCUUCCAGAAACGCCUCGCCUGUGGAAUUCCCACAGAGAGGUACAGUAAGACAUUCAUCUGUGCAGAGACACAAUAGGAGAAACCAAUCAUCUCAGCUCACCAAUAACAAGUAG